UCUUCAGAGUGAGCGUCUCUCUCACUCUCCCCAGUCGUUAAGUCAGAGAGCAGAGGAGGAAGGGAAGGCAGACAGACCAGGGGAGGUCUGACGACACCAUCCCGGCUCACCCCGCACCUAUUUCAAAUGCACAGACUGAUUCACGCAGCCUCAGACCUGCACCAGACGUUGAUUUACUGGAGGAACACCGGGAGGCUGAUAUCCGAGCUGUCACUGCUCCACAAGAGAUGUGUGCAACUUUUCCUGGCUGGGCAGCAACUUUGAAGGAGGUUGUAGCAUGAACGUAGCAUGAGUGCCGUCUGUGGGAAGAGUCUGCCGGAGCUUCCGACGCUGGAGGUCCAACUUGAGGAUGGGCGACGCAUGUUUUAGGCCAGCGGUGUUCUUCAUCGUUUUCUGAUCCAGAAUCACCUACUCACACCUAAAGGUAGAAGCGCGCAAGAACUUUAUCCGCUCGAGACCAGUUUCUGAGGCCGAUACGAUGCUGUGGCACCCCUUUGGCCGUCACUUGCUCUCGCUGGCGGCGCUUCUGGUGAUUGUGAGCUGCGGAGGAGGGGAACAGCGGAGGGCGACGGAUAGCAGCAGCAGCAGCAGCAGCACAGGUGGCAGCAGCAGUAGCAGCAGCAGCAGCAGCAGUAGUAGUAGUAGUAGCACUGGAGGAAGUAGUAGUAGUAGUAGUAGUAAUUAUAGCAGCAGACGUUUUCAUAAGAUUCAGCAUGGCCAGUGCACCUACACGUUCAUCCUACCUGAGGGAGAUGGAGCCGGAGGUGGUUCCUGCAAGGAGGAGAAAGCCAGUAGCACGCAGUACAACGCCAACUCUCUCCAGAGGGACGCUCCGCCACCUGAGCCAGACUUUCCCAGCCAGAAGAUCCAGCAGCUUGAGCACAUUAUGGAGAAUUAUACUCAGUGGCUACAGAAGAUCGAGAACUACAUCAAAGAGAGCAUGAAGACGGAGAUGGCUCAGUUGCAGCAGAAUGCCGUCCACAACCAUACCGCCGCCAUGCUGGAAAUGGGAACCAACCUCCUCUCUCAGACGGCGGAGCAAACGCGCAAGCUGACUGACGUUGAGACGCAGGUUCUGAAUCAGACAUCCAGGCUUGAGAUCCAGCUGCUGGAAAAUUCUCUUUCCACUAACAAGCUGGAGAAAGAACUAAUGGUCCAGACCAACGAGAUCAGCAAGCUACAUGACAAGAACAGCCUCCUGGAGCAGAAGAUGUCGGAGAUGGAGAUGCGACACCGUGAGGAACUGGAGACUCUGAAGCAGGAGAAGGGAAGUCUCCAGGCCCUGGUGGGCAAGCAGAGUGGAGUUAUCAGGGAGCUGGAGACCCAGCUGAGCCGGGCCACAGGAAACAGCACGGCCCUGCAGAGACAGCAGCAGGAGAUGAUGGACACUGUCCAUAAUCUCCUCAACCUCUGCUCUAAAGAUGGAGUUGUUCCUAACAGCACAAAGGUCGUGGAUGAGGAGAAGAAGUUCCGCCACUGUGCUGAUCUCUUCCAGGCUGGCUUCCACAAGAAUGGCAUGUACAACAUCCAGUUAAAUUCACAGGAGACCAAAAAGGUGUAUUGCAACAUGGAAACAGCCGGCGGUGGAUGGACGGUCAUCCAGCGCAGAGAAGACGGCAGCGUGGACUUCCAGAGGACGUGGAAGGAGUACAAGACGGGUUUUGGGAGCGUGUCUGCAGAGCAUUGGCUGGGAAACGAGUAUGUCUACCAGCUGACCAGUCAGAGGCAGUAUGCCCUCCGUGUAGAACUUACAGACUGGGACGGACACCAGGCUUUCUCACUAUAUGACCGCUUCCAAAUCGGCAGUGAGAAACAGAACUACAGGCUGUUCCUGAAGAGCCACAGUGGGACCGCAGGCAGACAGAGCAGUCUGGUGAUCCACGGAGCAGACUUCAGCACCAAGGACAUGGACAAUGACAACUGCCUGUGCAAGUGCGCCCUCAUGCUAACCGGUGGUUGGUGGUUUGAUGCCUGUGGCCCGUCCAACCUCAACGGCAUGUACUUCACCCAAGGGCAACACAUUGGGAAGUUGAACGGUAUCAAGUGGCACUACUUCAAGGGCCCAAGCUACUCCCUGAAAGCCACAGCCAUGAUGAUCCGUCCUCUGGACUUCUCCUAGUCGCCUGAACUCCCGAACUUCAAUCUUCCGAAAACAUCUAUGUAACACAUUAGAGGGACGCUUCCUAUGUUAUCCUCUCAUCUCAUCUCAUUUUCCGUGGACGUGGGAGCCGUCCAACGAAUUGUUCUGUCCGGGCCUCCCCGGGGCGGCCGAUGCGCUCGCGUUGCCCCGUAACCUUUUCCAACCUCUCAUCGAACUGACAGAGCAGCUGCGAGGGGAAGGAACCGCAAUGCACCUGAACUGAUUCCCCCGUUCGAGGAGGACAAAGUGUGUGCGCGGCUUGUAUGAAUAUCCGAGCAAACCCGAUUCUUUGAAAUUUCUGGGACCUGUGUUGGUGGACUUGAACUCUUCCGAGUGGAAAGCUGCUGUGGCUGAAGCAGCAGCGACUCCGAAAACUGCAGGACAGAGAAAGCAAAAACGGUGCAGCCCAUACAUGUUUUGCGAUUGUGUCGUAUAUUGAGUUUGUCGUAUUAUUAUUUUUUGUAACGGUACACAAUAGCAAAAGUGAGAUGAUGUUGUCUUUUAUACUGUACAGUAUAUACUGAAUUUCUUUUGUGCGCAUUACGUAUACAGCAAUGAAACUUGCUCACUUUUAAAGGUGACCUUGAUGGGUGUACAGUCGGUCACUCGCAGUUAUUCGCUGGCAAUUAUACACUUGCUAUUUUGACAGAGGGUGAUUAUUUUCCAACAUGUGGGGUUAUUAUUGGAUUAGGUUCUGCAGUGAGACCUGUUUGUCUUUGUUAUUGGCUGAGGGACAACUAAUACCGGCCAAAAUUCAGAUCGUGAGCGAUCACUUUACCUCUGCUCAAUAAAACAUUACACAAUGACAUUCAUUCAGAUGCAUAUAAUUAAUGAUGUGUAACAAUGGUAGCUGGAGCGAAAUCAGGUUUUCGUAUACCUGGCCCAGAUGAGAUGAAAAGGUCAUUAUGGAGAUGUGCAGUAAAUACUUGUCUCAAAAAAAAAAAAAAAAAAAAAACAUUGAGGUUCAAGGUUAUUUCGUCAUCCUUGUCUAACAUCUGACCGCAAGACAAAGGGCAGAUCAUUAAGACAACUUACAUCCAGAAUCAUUUUCGCAGACGUCCAGCCAGUUUCUGUUUCUCAUCACUGCAGCUUAGAUAAAAAAAAAAGAAAAAAAAAAAAGGCUGGAUAUGAAGCAUGAAAUGAAUGAUUCCAUCAACUGAUCCGUGUGAACAUGAAUUUCAUAAGUUCCAGCUUAUAACAACAGAAUCUACUGUGGACUAUUUACUGAAGGUACAUGUGGCAAGAAGAUAAAGUGCAUCUGGAACUUGUAAAAGUACAAUUGACAUGUUUAUUAGCAUACUAAAAUCGCAUAAUUUAAAGGGUGUGUAUGUAAAGCAGCUUUCCUGAGGAAAGCUCUUCUGUUUUUUCAUUUCAUUUCAUUUUUAUUUUUUUUUACUCUGCCAGAAGUACAGUGGUGUUUUGAAGUCGAGCAUAAGACGUAGAAGUUAAAAUAAUAACCCUGGAAAAAUGUGCCUUUGAUAACUUUGCUUUUACCUCAUUAAAUUCUAGAUUUGCAGAUUUAUUUAAACAUCUUUUGUAACAUGUGGUCAGUGUUGUGUUGCUAGAUUGAAUAAAGGAGCAUGUGAUGCACUAACGUUUUCAA